GCCGUUAAGCCUCUUGGCUCGAGAUGGAGCGAUUUAUGCCGUUCGAACUUCUGAAACACGAAGUCUUAAGUCCGUUUGUUUCCUGAAUUUGCAGCCUUGGCAACCCUUUUAAGGGUAAAUGGCUCCAGUUUAUGCGAUGCAGAGAUCGGCGGGUUGGUUUAUAAGCGAGAGUAGUUUAUUUGAAAUAUUGAGAUAAGCAACCAACUUCUUGAUACCAGGCCGUUCAACUCUCGACAUAUAUAAAGGGUCCAGCAUCCUUAAUACGAUUCAUAGAGCAGAACAGCACACCAAGUUCACUCGAUUGAAUCAGGCAUCGAGCUCUCCCUACUUCCUCUCCACAAUGCAGCCACCCAAAACCAUUCUUGUGACAGGAGCUUCCGGCUUCGUGGCUGCUCAUAUCAUUGAAGCCUUUAUCUCCGCAGGUUAUCAUGUCCGAGGCACAGUUCGCUCUGAAGCUACAGCGGAGAAGGUCAAGCGUAUCUUUUCACGACACAACCGACAGCUAAGCUUUGCCAUUGUCCCUGACAUUGUCAAGGACGGUGCCUUCGACGAAGCAGUCAAAGGUGUCGAUGGAAUCAUGCAUACGGCUUGUCCCGGCGCGAUCGAAACAGACAAUAACGAGCGGGAUAUUGUGCAACCUGCUAUCAAAGGAACUAUCAAUAUCCUCAAGUCCGCUCAUAAGCACGCACAUCAGGUCAAACGCAUAGUCAUCACGUCUUCCUUCGCUUCCAUGAUCGACAUGUCUAAAGGUACCUGGCCCGGUCAUGUGUACUCCGAGAAAGACUGGAAUCCCAUGACAUACGAGCAGGCUAUAAGUGAAGGCACCUCCAGUGUGCAAGCGUAUCUUGCCGCGAAAAAGGUCGCGGAGCGUGCUGCGUGGGACUUUGUCAGAGAUGAGAGUACUUCUUUUGAUCUCGUGACUAUCUUGCCGCCUAUGAUCUAUGGCCCCAAUAUCAACGCCACCCAUGUGUCACAGUUGAAUAUUACCUCGGCUGAUGUAUACCGGUUGAUGUCUCCGGAUUCAAAGCCAACUGACGCCAUACCUGACAAUGGCUUCUGGUCUUGGGUUGAUGUACGAGAUGUUGCGCAGGCCCAUUUGAGAGCUUACGAAGUUUCGGAAGCUGGGGGCGAGCGGUUCUUUAUCUGUGCUGGAAAUUAUAGUUAUCAGCAAAUCGCAGAUAUUUUGCGAGAGAAGGUCCCUGAAGUGAAGGAUCGCGUACCUCUCGGAAAGCCUGGGUCGGGUCUCGGAGGCGUUGAGUUAUAUACCUCUGAUGCCGGGAAGUCCCAGAGAAUACUUGGACUUCGUUAUCGUGGUCUUGAGGAGAGUGUUAUCGAGUCGGCUUAUUCCUUUUUGAAGCUGGAGAAACAGUUGAACUGA